CCCGCGUCGGAACGAUGCCUCUGGAGGUGGUGGUGGAGCUGCAGAUCCGGGCGGUUUCUUGCCCGGGGGUGUUCCUGCCUGGCAAGCAAGAUGUAUACCUCGGGGUCUACCUCCUGAAUCAGUACCUGGAGACAAACUGCUUCCCCCCUGCGUUCCCUAUUACGGUUCAGCAGAGCAUGAGAUUUGAAAAGGUAUUUGAAAAUGCAAUAGAUCCUGGGGCUGUAGCAGAUCUUUUGGAAAGCUUCGUAACCAGGUUUGAAUUAAUACAGCUAGUGUCUCCAGGUAAUGUGCCAGGUAUUGCUCCCAAAAUAGAGUUUUCUACAAGGACAGCCAUCAGAGAAUGUGUGCUUCUGCACAGAAACAGAUUUCUUGGAGAAAGAUAUAAGUCACGAAGGCCUUUAUCUACAUCACAUGGACCAAUAUUCCCCUUAAGUAAUAUAAAGAUGAAGCCAAAGGAGAAUAAUCUUGACAGACAGCCCAGAGAAAUGCUAUCCCGGUCACCUUCUCCAUAUUCCACCAGACAUUUCUUCCAGGACCAGCCAGCUCAGUUGAACCUUGGAAAUAAUUUCAAAAUCUCUGGAGGAAGCAAGCCUCCAUUUGUAGUUAGACAUGUGGACAGUGCAAAGCCCUUUGGUGACGGUAUGUCAGAGCAUCAUUCACGGAAGUCCAGAAGAAAAUCUAAGUUUUCAAACCUUCCGUUUCCAAUGAGAAGAGCUUCUUCUCUUGACAGCCUUGCAGCUAACGUAAAGGUUAUCAAAGAGCCAGAUGAACGGAUUGUCUUAAGGAAUGAAUCACCAUCACCUUUAGAUUCAAGUAAGUUUGGAAAGCCCUCGCCCAGUGACCAAGGGGAUGCCGAUUUCCACCGGGAAACUUCAUUUGCCACCUCCCAGCAUUCCAGAUCUCCCAGCCCUCUGGAUCAGCCCCCGUUCAAAGAAAGGUCAGCGGCAAGUGCACAUCUCUUUGCUUGAAGAGUGCAUUGUGGUCUGCUGGGAGGAAAGCCGGGUCACUGUGUCAGUUCACUUUCUUAGGAAUAUUCAGCUGGUGACACCUUGAUAUGAAAAAACGAUUAUGCCUUUAAAAAUCUACUCAAAAGUUAGAGCCUUUUGAGCCUUUUCUCUUGCCUCUGGAAAGCAUAUCUCAGGAUGUUUGUUGUAAAUGGGAUAGACAAAUAAACAUAACAUGGAUACUGUUUACCCA